AAGUAUCAAGCACAUGAAACAUAUUCCAAACAUUCUCUCACUCAAUCUCCUGUCUGCUAGCUUCUCGUAAUGUCAACUAACACACACUCCAUAUCCACUCUCGAUGGUGGUGUCCUAGCAGGCAUCCGCCAGUCCAUCGCUGAUUUUCUUCGGCGUUGCGGUUUGAAAUACAUGGACGUCGCAAUCGAUGAAGCAUACUACUCUGAAUGCUGCCAGGAGGCAAUCAACCGUGGCUUUCCAAUGGAUGGGAAAUAUUCCAUCCGCGAAUACAUGGACAUUGGUGUGGCUAUGGCGUCCAACGCUUACACCCACCUUCCUGCACCCUUGGCACCACUUGAAAAAGGUACUGAGAGCCUGUCAGGGUGGGUUUCGUUGUAGGUAGUAAUCUGCCUGAAAGCCU